AUGCAUUUCUUUCUUUUGCUUAUUCAAUUUGCCGUUGUUGUGCGUGGAGCUUAUAUUAUGUUGCCACAAGGCGAUGGCUGACAUAUUGCCAAAAUCGAACGAAAAGACGAGGAGACAAAAUUUUUGGAAACAAUCGCAAGGGUUCUCACUAAUCCCACAUUCAAGGAUAUUUUCGAACUCACAAACAUCACGAAAAAGGAUAUUUCGAAGGAGUUCAAUUACGAUGAGGAUUAUUUCGAGGAGCUGUCUUCGCAAUUAAAAUUAAAAGCGCGUUGUGAAUCCAACACAAUUGCUUUUUCAUUGUGCGGAGACAAGUUUCGAAAACCGUUGGCUUGCGGAGAAAUCCAUGCUAUUCACCCGAUUGGAGAUUUCACAAAUGGAAACAAAAUAUUUAGAUACAUUGAUCUCCCCAAAUACGAACUUCACAGCAACGUGACCGAUGGAAUGUCGGCAUCGAAAUGUGAUGAAUUGAAAGACAAUUUCUAUAUGUGUUCUUAUAACAAAUAUGAGAAUUGCACCGUAGCAAAUCCAGAUGGAUGCAAGACGAUUUCAAAAAUUGUUAAAAAAGGAAUAAUCACUGAGGAGUAUGCUCAUGCAACUUAUGUAGCAGCCGCAAAUUUGGAGCAAUACCUAGUGAAAUGCAACGGAAUAACCAGAUGGGAAUCGAUGCCCCAAAGCAAGCAACUCUUCGUCACUUUACCAUAUUCGUGUUUAGCACGAUUUGGAAGUGUACAAAUUGCGGGACGUCACACAGAGGAGAAAAUUUACCAUGUAAACUUGAAAAUCAAACACGAUGAAUUUGGCAAGGACGAUUUGAAAGAAUUGGAAGAGCAAAAAGGAAUUUCGAUGGAUGAAUUUGAGCAAUUCAAUGAACAAGUCCCCUCAACAUUUAUGGAUUAUUUGAUGACCUUACCUUUUGAAACGGUUUGUGUUAUAUUUGUUAUUUGCAUAUUAUUAGCGGCUUUAGCGCCAUAA